GGCUGCCCUGCAAGCUGAUACUUCGUUGCUCACGCGUAUGUCCGCAGUUAUAUUCGAAUUCUACGGCACUCUUGCAGACGAGUCGGCGACGUAGACGUGAUGCAACUGAUCCCUCAGCUCGCACUCUCCCUCUUUGGCUCGGUAUUGGCGUCGUGGCUCGAGAGUACUUCACAGCCCGCCAACGCUGUCCCAACCAAAUCCGUGGCCAUAGUUGGUGCCGGCAGCGCUGGUCUAGCUGCUAUCAAGGCCCUUGUUGACUUGCCAGAGAAAGUACUGUCCAACUGGGAAUUUGUGGUGUACGAGCAACGGUGGAACAGUGGUGGCGUUUGGCUGCCGGAUACUCGCUCUUACGAACCUCCAGAGCUGCCUGAGACCCCGCUAUACCCACUCCUGCAUACGAACACACCCGUUCCGUCGAUGACAUACCCAAACUUCCCGUUUCCGCCGAAUACCCCUGUCUUUCCCAGCCACGAACACGUCGAAAAGUACCAUCAUGACUAUGCCCAGGCAAUGAACCUCACAAACUAUAUCCUCUUCAACCAUACAGUUCUCUCUACAUCAUGGACUGGCAAUUCAGACAGCGGGAAAUGGGACGUUCUCGUGCGCGACAAUCACGACCAGGAAAUCCGGAAAUCAUUCGACCACCUCGUUAUUGCAGCUGGCCAUUUUCAUUAUCCUAGGGUGCCCCACUUCGCCGGGCAAGAAGAGUGGCUAGCGCACAGCCCAGAAGGGGUUCAGCGAGCUAUGGUUCAUACCCUUUGGUAUAGGCAUCCAGAAUCCUACACCAACAACACUGUGGUAGUGGUCGGCUCAGGCGCUAGCGCUCGGGAUUCAGCUUCGCAAAUCGGACGUGUUGCUAAGCGGACCUAUCAAUCUGUACGGGGAGAAGUUGAUCCCAUCCUCCCGCCGGUCGUUCAGAAGCCAGAAAUAUCGCACUUUACCUCCGACGGUGUUAUCUUCAAAGACGGGACGAAAGUACAUGACGUAGACGUCGUUUUGCUCGGCACGGGAUACGAGAUGCGUUGGCCGUUCUUGGAAAGGGGUAACGAGAUGUUAAUCUACCCUGAUGCUCGCUCGAAUAACACAUACACGAAAUACUUGGCGACCAAUCUGCGCUAUAUAUUCCCUCUGCAUGAGCAUAUCUUCUCUCUGGCACCGUCCUACCCACCAACAGCACUCUCCUUCAUUGGUCUGCCAAGCUCUCUAUUCAACUGUCCAUCCGAUACAGCUCAAAGUCGAUACCUUGCGAGUGCGAUUGCCAAUGCGAGUGUGCUCUCGUCGCGCGAGGGGAUGCUUGAAGAGCUCGCGAACCGUGAAAACUACCUCCGAUCCCUUGACCUGGACCCUUACUACAUUGGUCAUAAGAUGGUAGGCAAGUACGGUGCAUUCGAUUACCCGGAUAGCCUAGUAUCUCGAAUUUUCGAGAGACAUAGCAUACCCGAGAAGCAACCUUUCACAGAGAAGUGGCGCAGGGAAUGUGCAAUGCUUCCUUACCUGAAGCGUGGAUGGACGAGGGUGGAGGUAUUGGGCACGCAAGAACAGUGGCUAGAGGGCGUUGAGACUGAGGAAGAGUGGGCCGCUUUGUUGCGCCGCCUGAAUGAGUGGCAAGAGAACUGGGAGCACGAGCAGGGCCUGCAGUUCCCCCCCGAGCCGAUGUUUGUAGACUACUAACUAUACAGGUAGAUCUAACGCAGAUAGAUAGUUACG